UUCGAUCCUUACAUCAACGGGAUUGCUAAUUAACAAUUAUUGAGAAUAGGAAUGAACAUUUGAGAACACAAAUCUGAUAAGUAGAUGUACACCACUGUAGAAAUAAGAUUUUUCCAUUACAGAGUUCACGUUCUUUUUAUUUUGAGGACAUUCAGGUUUAGUGGGAGCAAAAACAAGAUUUCCGCCCGUGGCCAUUGCUCCGUCUGCAAACCAAUGAGGGAAAGUGAGUGGGUGCACUACCUGUCCCUCGGUGGAAAUAAUGGUCUUAAGGGAAGAAGCAUAGCACAGCAGUGGAGAGGCGGGGCCACAUAGCCCUCAUGACAGGUAGACAUUGGGAGGAGCUACACUACCUGUGCAGAGCAGGCAGUCAGUGCACAGUGAACAGUACACCUGUUACACUUCCCAGGCCCUUGUUCUCUCCGUCUCUCUCCCUUUUUCCUGCCUCCUUCUCUUCCCCUUCUCUUCUCCUUGACUGCUCUGGAGGCACGAGGUGGCCGACAGCCUCACUAUGGAUCCCAAAGAGGCUGGCGGGAGUGAGAAGGAGAAGGAAAAAGAGAAGGAGAAGGGAAUAAAGAGGAGGAACCGGCCUGUGUUCCUGCGAUACCUGGAAAGGAGAAAGACGGACACUAUUGUGACUGAUGACAUGGCCAAAGGUGACAUCAACCUCGGGACGCUGGUGAGGCGGAGUCAGUCUGACAAAACGGAGUACAGCGCUAAACUUAAAGAGAAAAUGACACCACACGACCUGUCCACACCCCCGUCUCCAGCCUUGGACCCAGAGGAGGUCCGCUUGAGGAAGAUGAACCGAAGGGCAAAGGUCAUUCAGGAGCUUGUGCAGACUGAAAAGGACUACCUCACCGACCUGGAGCUGUGCAUCAGAGAGGUGGUACAGCCUCUGCGAAACAUGCAGGUUGUGGAUAUCGAUCGGCUGUUCACCAACAUGGAGACUGUGUGUGAGGUAUCUGCAGCACUGCUCCACAGACUGCAUGAGGCCCUGGCUGACCCUGAUCCAGAAGCAGUUGUAAUAGGAGAAGUUUUCAUCCAGGUGAAGGCAGCUUUAGAAGAUGUAUAUAAGGUUUACUGUUACCAUCACGAUGACGCCAACAUGUCGCUCGAAUUGUACGAGAAAGAGGAAGAAAUAAAGCAACAUUUCACCACAUGCAUAUUAGCACUGAAGAAGAUCUACGACCAAGAGGGCAAACCCAACCUGCUGAACAUGGGUUCACUGCUCAUCAAACCUGUCCAGAGGGUCAUGAAGUACCCGCUGCUGCUUGGGGAGCUGUGGCAGGCCACACCUGAAGACCACCCUGACAACCGCCCCCUGCAGGAGGCAUUCACUGCUGCCAAGAUCAUAAAUGUUAACAUCAAUGAGUUCAAGAGGCGGAAGGACAUGGUUAUGAAGUAUAAGAGGUUGGAAGAUGAAGGCACGUUGAGGGGUAAACUACACAAGUUCAACAUCCAUUCCAUCCGUAAGAAGGGCGACAGGUUUGCUGGCUAUCUCAAGAUCCUCACUGGAGUUGAACCACAGGUGAGAGAUGAAGUAUUUGACCGAGAGGAGAAGCUGUUCAGGGGUCUGGAGAAGGCCGUGAGGCAGCUGGUCAAGAAUGUUCACUGUUACCUGCAGCAAACUCAGGAGAUGGUGUCUGUAGCUAUCCAGAAAGUCCAGGACAUGGAGAACAUUGUUAAGGACCCAAACAAAAACGGCACAAAUGGCUCAUUGCACAAUAAUGGAAACGACCCCUAUAAGCACUUUAAAGACAGUAUGGAGCGCCUGGUCCUCGCCCCCCUCUCCUCCCUGCAGGGCAUGUUCACGGCCCCUCAGAAGCUCAUCCAGAAACGUUACGACAAAUUGCUGGAUUACUGCAGCCGCCUUGAGCGCUCCUCCUCUUUUUCGUCCCCGUCAUCCACCGCUUCUUCCUCUCCUUCGCCGGUGUCGGAAGACCCGGCCGGUCCUGCCAGGAGGGACUACGAGGCCCUCAAUGCCUUGCUCGUGGAGGAGCUGCAGAGGUUCAACGUGGCCGCCCACACUAUCCUGACCAACUGCGUGGUGUAUCUGGCUGCGCUACUCAGGGAAUUGAUGGAUAGUAUAUUACUCCGUGCUCCAUCCAUACAGCAGCUACCAGCCCCAUUGUCAAACAUCGGUGAAGUGCAGAACAGCAUCAUGGACGAGCUGAACAAUCUGGCUUUCGUCAAAGACAAUGCACAGAAGCUGAUGGAACGCAAAGUCAGUUUUGAGAGGCAACGAGACAAGAAAGUAACGAUGACGGAGGUGCAGCAUCAAACCGAGGAACAGCGGGCCUUGCUCCUGGCAGAGUACCCGCUGAACCGCCUGUACCAGCUGAAGAGGAAGUGUAACGGCUGCCAGGAGCAGGACCUCAGCCUGCUGGAGGGAGAACUGGUGGCCCUGCUGGAGGACACAGACCCAUUAGGCAGCAGCAGCCGCUGGCUGGUUCACACCGGAGGUACACAAGGCUACGUCUAUUCCACAUUCGUGAAGCAGUACAACCCUCUGAGGGCCUCGCAGCGGGCAGGCCAGAUGGUCAAAGAGCAGCAGCCAGCGCAGCAGCACCAGCAGCAGCAGCAGCCGCCACCUGCCAUGGUGGAAGAUGACUUCGAUGACCUCAGCCUGUUUGUGUCAGGCAGUGGGAGCAGCAGCCUGCGCAGCUUCAACCUCACCACCACCGACAGCUGCUCGACGCUCUCCGGUCUACAGGGGGAGCCAGAGAGCCCAGAAGACCUGGAGGACACGUUGGACACAGAGGCUCAGCAGUUUUACGCCGUGUAUGCAUUUCGAGCUCGCUGUGACCAGGAGCUGACCCUACAGGAGUACCAGCAUGUCCGCAUACUCCAGUUCUCUGACCUGGGAGGCAAUAAGGAUUGGUGGUUAGCUGAGGCUAACGGACAGAAGGGAUACGUCCCUGCCAACUACCUCGGCAGGAUGUCCUAUGCCUAAAAACAAAGAGGCCCUCGGCUUUGGUAUGGAAUUACCACGAAACGAAACCAUCCAGGGCACCUGAGCCAAACAAACGAACCUGUGGCAUUUCAAACUAACAGCUUACUCUUUAAUACAGAAUUAAAUAGCCCUGGCUGUGAUUUUUUUGAAUUUGAUUUCACCCUUUAAAUUCUAUGAUCAUCUACUUACAGGAGACUGCAAUGUUUGGUUACCCCCUGGUUCAAUGUAGGGCCCCCCAGGUCCCUUUUGGCAGGGGGCCCACAAAGUCUCUUGACACUCCCCUGUAAAACAACCACUGGUAUCGCUAGAAGCUAUUAUGAGAAAUCUCAAACCAGAAGUGUUGAUAUAGAAUCUAUAUCUUCGCCCCCUGAAGAUCAUAACAGCGGGACAAGAAAUCUGAUGACUCUGGAUAAUGAUGGAAGGAAAACGCAGGGCACUGUGCCGAGCACUUUUGUACGUCAGUGUUGUCGAGUUCAUAUUGAUAAAUGAAGUGAUUUAUUCUUGAAGUAAAUUUUUAUAUGUGAACAGAUUUAUAAAUGAAGCAGAAUUUAUAUGUGAAAUGAUUUAUACAUGAAGUUUGUGUUUUAUGUCAAUGUGAAAUGAAGAAAUCUAUGUUGUCAUUUAUAUAUUUUAACAGUUAUGUCAUAUAUCCUAUAAACACAAUCUCUAUGAAAA